AUGGUGUUGUUGGAAAACGACUCCUUUUUAACUGAACUGACUACACUGUAUCAAAAAUGUCGGACUUCUGGUACGGUGUACGUCACCAUGAAAAAAUAUGAUGGAAGAACGAAACCAAAGCCUAAACCAAACAAUCUACGAUCAAAACAAAAGCCACAGGUGCAAGCACCUAUUGAAGGACUCUGUCUUAUUCGUGCGACUAAUGGGAAAAAGAAGCUCAGUACCGUCGUGAACGCUAAGGAUAUCAAUAAAUUUCAAAUGGCAUACACAAGCGUAUUGCGUGCAAAUCUUGAUGGACUAAAAAAACACGGAAAGAAAAAAUCGAAACUGGCAUCUAGCAGCAAAGUUGCUGACCAGUGA